CAGACAGACGGCAUCAUGUGGUGUCGAGGUUUCCUGCAGCAGAUGGUCAGAUCCACCAGAUCCUUCCGAUCCACGUCCAGCAGCAGCCGGGCGGGCAUCCUCUUUGAUGUGGACGGCGUCCUGCUGCGUGGCGGCUCGGUGAUUCCGGCCGCUCGACGUGCUUUCCGGAAGCUUCUGGACCGAAACAACAACUUCUUGUUUCCUGUCGUCUUUGUUACCAACGCAGGAAACUGUCACAGACAUCACAAGGCCCAGCAGCUGUCUCACCUGCUCGAUGUCCAGAUCGCCCCGGAGCAGGUGGUUCUUUCCCACAGUCCUUUGGGAAUGUUGAGGAGCUUCCAUGAUAAAUGUGUCCUGGUGUCUGGACAGGGACCAGUGGUGGACAUCGCCAACACUUUGGGUUUUCAAAAGGUCGUGAGCAUCGAGCAGCUCAGAGAACAUUACCCCCUGCUGGACAUGGUGGACCACAACAGGAGACCCAAACUACCUUCAUCUCCUCUGCAGACUCCUCCCCAAAUAGAAGCGAUCAUCCUGUUUGGCGAGCCAAUCAGAUGGGAGACUAACCUGCAGCUGCUGAUCGACGUGCUCCUGACCAAUGGGAGUCCGGGUUGUGUGUACGACCCUCAGCUGUCGGCCCAGCUGCCGGUCCUCGCCUGCAACAUGGACCUGAUGUGGAUGGCAGAGGCGCCAUCACCACGGUUUGGUCACGGGAUGUUCCUGCUGUGUCUGGAGUCUGUCUACAGGAAGCUGACGGGUCAAGAGCUUCAGUACCAGGCGCUACUGGGAAAACCCAGUCUGCUAACAUACCAGUACGCCGAGCACCUGCUGAGUCUGCAGAACCACAACCACAAGCUAACCACCAUCUACGCUGUCGGGGACAACCUGAUGACAGAUAUAUAUGGUGCUAACCUGUACAACCGGUACCUUACUCAGCAGCACGCCGCCAUGACGAGCACUACUAAGCUUGUUGCCCAUGGAACAGGGAGUCAGGUGACGAUGGCAAUGCCGGAGGAGGAGCUAAUCUCUGCUGCUGCAGCACAGUGUCGCUCCAUAUUGGUGUGCACAGGUGUCUAUAACCCUCACUCCCCGUUGCCUAGCGACCAAAGUGGCACAUUCAUGGAGACGGUGUUCCACGGUCACAGAGACUUGGUUCUGGAUCCAGACCUGGUGGAGCCGAGUCAUGUGGUGGAGGACGUGGAGGCCGCCGUCGACGUGCUGCUUCAGCAGGAGAGCGCCGUCACCUCUGACACCUGACCUCUUGGCCUCUGACCCUCACACAGACACUACAUGAGUUUGUUUGGGAGACUCUCGAUGGACUGCUAGGACCUGCAGGGUCACGUGACCAACGGAGACAGCUGAAGGCUUAAAUUUGCUAAUUUCCUGUAGCGUUGUUAGCUACCUGUAUCAUUAGCUGGUAAUCAGAGAAGAAGAAGAAAACACACCUGUAGAACAUUAGUGAAACUCUGUUUAGCAUAAAGAAUACACAGUCGCAGGAAAAAGAAUGUGAACCCUUUGGAAUCACCUGGAUUUCUGCAUAAAUGGUCAUAAAAUGUGAUCUGAUCUUCAUCUAAGUCACAACAACAGACAAACACAGUCUGCUUGAACGAACUCCUCACAAACAAUUAUAUGUUUUCAUGUUUUUAUUGAACACACUGAGUGAACAUUAUUAUUAAAGCGUGGAAAAAGUAUCUCAGGGAAACACUGGUGCGUCACAGUGAGCCCGGGUCUCUCACACCAAAGGUAUGUGUCUUAAAUUCUGUGCCAUCACCGCCCUGCUAACGCUCCUAUUUAUCUUGAAUGAUCACAAAGAUGUAAUAACUAGUUUAUGACAGACUAAAAUUUUUAAUAAACAUUUAUAAGUGUUAUAUGUUUUAGUGGAGUCUGCUGCAGAUUAUUAUUGCUCAUAACAUAAACAGCUGUAAUAAUAUAAAAUAUGUCUUCACAGAAGAAAGUAUAAGACUUUUGUUCUUAUAUCUGCUUACAGUGACAUUAUAGUGUGUUAUUAACCGUUUGUUACUUAUUAUAACCCGGGACGCAAAGUGACAUCAGUCUCAACAGCGUGUGCUCUGUUAGAUAACGCUGCGAUCGCUCAUACAGCUAAGCGGUCAGCUGACGGUAAACAUACUAACAGAUUAGCUCGCUAACGGUAGUGCAAGCUUGGCCCCCGCACUGGUCACAUGACCUUCACCUCUCAGCUGUCUUGAAACACACCUGUGAACACCUGAAUGUGGAGUGACCUCUGACCUCAGACUGUAAGGGUUUAACCCUUAAACUAUGGAUGAACGCUUAGAAAACUAAUGACCUCACUAAUGUUUGCUGGUGCUGUGAGCUGAUUUAUGUCAGACAUUAACGUCUGUGUAAUGUUAUGAUUUCAUAUAUGGAUUGUAAACGUCUGAAGGCUUUUAUAUUUUAUAUACAGGACUGUUUAAAGAAUCCGAUCUGUCAGUGUGCUGUUAAAGGAAAUUUUUAAUUGUGUUUAAGAGCAACUUUGCAAUAAAACAUCAAAUGUGAAAA